AUGGCGCCCAUAUACGAUCUCUCACUAAACACUGCGGCGGCAGAGCUCAAAUAUGAGCGCAGCAGCCACCUAGUCGACAUUAUCAGCAAAGACGAAGAUAUACGAAAACUGCGAUUCGAAUUGCAUGUUCAGGCGGACGAUAUAGACGAGCUCAGAGACCUGCUUGCUCAAGAAGAGUCGCGAUCCGAGCAUUUCGAGCGCAUUUUGAACGAGAACUUGACGCGUGCCGACGAUGCCGAAGCACGACUAUCAGAUCUUGAACUGCAAUUGAGAUCGAGGGAGCACGAAGUCGGCGCGUUGGAGGCCGAGAAGAAGGCUCUUGCCACUUCUGCAGCAGACUCGGAGACUAUUCUGACCGAAAAGCUUGCUUUGACGCGCGAAUUGUCACUUCUGCGGCCACAGCUGGAGCACCUCAAACAACAAGCCGCAAGCACGGAAACUCUGAUGACUGAGAAGCUGGAUCUCCAGCGACAACUCACCAAUGUGCAAUGCGAACUGGAAAACGCCAAGCGCGACGUGAAGCGCGCAAUGGCGAAGCGGAGAAACACUGAAGAUGUGCGGAGAGAUCUUCUUAAGGAGAAGAAGGCAAAGGCGAAGCUUGAAGAGCGGAUCGAGGAACUGCAAGAAGAGCUGGAGAAGGAGAAGAAGCGGGUCGCUAAAGCAGCAAAGCAGACUUCCGCAAAUUCCGAAGCAGAUGAGCUGUUGGACGAGCUUCGACAAGAAUUGGCGGCCGAAAGGAAGGAGCGGGCGAAGGUCGAGAAGCAGUCAGAGAAGCAGUCUUCCGAUUUUGAGUCCCAGAAAGCCACGCUCGAAGAGAAGCUCAACCAGUUUCGAAUGAAACUGCGAACAACAAAAGAGAAGCUCAAGCAGACCGAAGCCGACCUUGCAGCCGCACAGGAGGAAGCUGAGGCACAGCCAGCCAAGAAAGGUGUAAAGACUGCAGCGAAUGCCAAGAAGCGAUCUGCUGCACAUUUCGACGCUGAUGCGACGAACAUUGGAACGCCCGGAGACGGGCCUGCUGCUAAGCGUGGACGCAAGGCUACUGCAAACGUCGGGGAGAAGUCUACUUUCAGCAUGACGCCGUUCCUUAACAAGACUGCGAGCAUACUGCCAGAAGACAGCGACAACGAGCACGAUCCUGACAAGCCCAUCGAGUCGAUUGAGAUAGAGGCCCCAGCAGAGUCGCCAAUUGUGGAGAAGGCCGUAGCAACCAAGCAGAAGAAACAGCCCCUUGCCACGGCCGAUGCAAACGCGCAGAAGCCUAAGCCAGCCCCACGACAGCGGAAACAGAAGGCAGUCAUGCCUCAAUUGGAGCUGAUCACAGAAGAGGAAGAUGUCCAUUCGCAAGGCCAGGAGAACGCACCUGCAGUCAAGCCCGCGGGCCAGAAGCUCAGGACUAAGACUGCGGACGGACCUGUCGAUGCCGAGAAGGCCAAGAAGCAGAAGAAGCGCAAGUCGCUUGUCGACUUUGCUACGUUCAACAAGCCAGAAGAAGCAAAGAAGGUUCAAAGCAAGAAGAAUCGCAAGCUCGGCGGAACAGGCAAGACGCUCUUCGACGAAGAGGAUGAAGCUCCUGCAAAGGCACUUCCUGGCAGAACCCUUCUUGGUGGACGAGGCUUUGGUGGGCUAGCUCCGGGAGCAAAGAAGGCAGGAGGUUUCCUAGGCGCUAGCAAGAUAGGAUCCUCGCUUCUCAUGACCGCGCAAGAUGGAAGCGGCUUCCAAUUCUCGCCUCUCAAGCGACGGAAAGGCAACCUUGACGAUACUCUGCGCGGCUAA